UUCAGCUUCCAUGGAUUUCACAAGCACACAGCUCUGUUGAUGAACAGACAAGCGAGAGAAGCCACAGAGAGAAUGGAGAGAGAGAAAGCAGCCGAGAAGAAAAAGAGUCCUCGAAGAACAAAUUAGGAUUUUCUUCUCCUUUUUCGGAAUAUAUAUAUAUAUAUAUCUAUAUAUGUAUGUAUGUAUUUCAAAUACUGAAACAACACUCCGGUUUUGCUAGUUCGUUCUUUUACGUACGACUGAAAGCUCUCAAUUCGUCGAGUUUUUUUUUAAGCACCUAGUGAUGAGAGUUUUGUUGUUUUCAUUUAUAUGAACUGAUUUUGAUUUUGUGAAUUUUGAUCUCUCGUUCUUCGUCGGAGAAUCGUGCUUUCUCAGCUCCGGCGCCCCUGUGUACUGAAUUGAGUAUCCAUGGUUAGGAUUUGAGGAAUUUGUGAAAGUUAGUGGAAGUAAAUCGUCGUCUGAAAAAUGGUUUCGAGUAAUCGGGGGACGAAUUCGCAUCAGCAACAAGCAGAGUCCUCGAACACGAACACGAACACGAGCCAUAUGCGAUCUAAUCGUACAGAAUCCAUCAGCAAAGCCGUAGCGCAGUACACCAUCGAUGCUCGUCUUCACGCAGUGUUUGAACAGUCAGGUGAGUCCGGUAAAUCUUUUGACUACUCACAAUCUAUUAGAACUUCGACACAAUCUGUGCCGGAGCAGCAAAUUACGGCUUAUUUAUCGAUGAUUCAAAGGGGCGGCCAUAUCCAGCCCUUUGGAUGUAUGAUAGCUAUCGAUGAGGAAAAUUUUCGGGUUAUUGCUUAUAGUGAAAACACUAGGGAAUUGCUUGGUCUUACUCCUCAAUCAGUGCCAAAUCUUGAAAAGAUAGAGAUUCUCACAAUUGGAACUGAUGUACGGAACUUGUUCACUUCCAAUAGUGCAAUUUUGCUUGAGAAAGCAUUUGGGGCUCGAGAAAUCACUUUGUUAAACCCUGUUUGGAUUCAUUCUAAGAGUUCUUUGAAGCCAUUUUAUGCUAUUUUGCAUAGGAUUGAUGUAGGAAUUGUGAUUGAUUUAGAGCCAGCAAGAACGGAGGAUCCUGCCCUUUCUAUUGCUGGGGCAGUCCAAUCGCAAAAGCUUGCAGUGCGUGCAAUUUCUAAGCUACAAGCACUCCCUGGUGGAGAUAUUAAACUGUUGUGUGAUACUGUGGUUGAGAGUGUUAGGGAGCUUACUGGAUACGAUCGAGUUAUGGUGUAUAAGUUUCACGAAGACGAGCACGGUGAGGUUGUAGCUGAAAGCAAGAGGCCUGACUUAGAGCCAUACAUUGGAUUGCAUUAUCCUUCUACUGAUAUUCCUCAGGCAUCGAGGUUUUUGUUUAAGCAAAACCGUGUUAGAAUGAUUGUCGAUUGCCAUGCUUCUCCAGUUCGUGUAAUUCAGGCUGCAGGGCUUAUGCAACCUCUUUGCUUAGUGGGUUCGACUCUUCGUGCUCCCCAUGGCUGUCAUUCUCAGUAUAUGGCCAAUAUGGGCUCCAUUUCGUCGUUAGCAAUGGCGGUUGUUAUCAAUAAUAGCGACGACGAAGCUAUUGGUGGGCGAAGUUCAACGAGGCUUUGGGGUUUGGUUGUUUGCCACCAUACUUCGGCUCGGUGUAUUCCGUUCCCUCUCCGGUAUGCAUGUGAGUUUCUAAUGCAAGCAUUUGGACUUCAACUUAAUAUGGAAUUGCAAUUGGCUUCACAGAUGUCUGAGAAACAUGUUUUGAGAACUCAAACUCUUUUAUGUGACAUGCUUCUUCGUGAUUCCCCAACUGGCAUUAUUACUCAGAGUCCAAGCAUCAUGGACUUAGUAAAGUGUGAUGGGGCAGCUCUUUACUAUCAAGGGAAGUAUUACCCUCUAGGCGUGACGCCAACCGAAGCCCAAAUAAAGGACGUCGUGGAAUGGUUGCUAGCUUUCCAUGGAGAUUCAACUGGUUUAAGUACAGAUAGCUUGGCCGAUGCUGGCUAUCCAGGGGCAGCCUUGCUUGGUGGUGCAGUUUGUGGAAUGGAUGUUGCCUAUAUCACCAAAAGGGAUUUUCUCUUCUGGUUCCGAUCGCACACAGGAAAAGAGAUCAAGUGGGGUGGCGCAAAGCAUCACCCAGCGGAUAAGGACGAUGGUCAAAGAAUGCAUCCACGUUCUUCAUUCAAGGCAUUUUUAGAAGUAGUAAAAUCCCGUAGUUUACCGUGGGAGACUGCAGAAAUGGAUGCUAUUCACUCAUUGCAGCUUAUUCUUCGAGAUUCAUUCAAGGAUAAUGCUGCAAUCAAUUCGAAAGCCGUUGUGCAUCCUCAACUAGGGGAUCUCAACUUGCAAGGGAUCGAUGAGCUCAGCUUGGUUGCUAGAGAAAUGGUCAGGUUGAUCGAGACUGCAACUGCUCCAAUCUUUGCUGUAGAUGUCGACAGCCGUAUCAAUGGAUGGAACGCUAAGAUAGCCGAGUUGACUGGGCUUGCAGUCGAGGAAGCUAUGGGGAAAUCCCUAGUUCGUGAUCUCGUGUAUAAAGAAUCUGAAGAAAUAGUCGACAAACUCGUUUCCCGGGCUUUAAAAGGUGAAGAAGAAAAGAAUAUAGAGAUAAAAAUGAAGACAUUUGGGCGAGAUCCAGAUGAUCAAAGACAGCCAAUUUUUGUGGCUGUCAAUGCUUGUUCUAGCAGGGACUACACUGAUAACAUAGUAGGCGUUUGUUUUGUUGGUCAAGAUCUUACCUGCCAAAAAGUGUUCAUGGACAAAUUUAUUAGCAUACAAUGUGAUUAUAAAGCCAUUGUUCAUAGUCCCAGUCCUCUUAUCCCUCCAAUAUUCGCUUCGGACGACAAUACGUGUUGCUCGGAAUGGAAUACCGCCAUGGAAAACCUCACCGGAUGGUCCAGAGAAGACAUAAUAGGAAAAAUGCUAGUAGGGGAGGUUUUUGGAGAUUGUUGUAGACUGAAGGGGCCAGAUGAAUUGACCAAAUUUAUGAUUGUCUUGCACGGUGCAAUUGGAGGGAAGAACAAUGAAAAAUUCCCCUUUUCUUUUUAUGACAAAAAGGGGAAAUAUGUGCAGGCUCUCUUGACAGCAAAUAAGAGGAUGAAUAUGGAGGGGCAGAUUGUUGGAGCUUUCUGCUUUGUUCAAAUUGCUAGUCUUGAAUUGCAGCAAACUCUUAGAAUGCAGAGGCAACAGGAGAAGAACCGGUUUGUAAGGAUGAAAGAGCUGGCUUACAUUUGCCAGGAAGUGAAGAGUCCUUUGAGUGGUAUACGCUUUACUAACUCGCUUCUGGAGGCUACGGAUUUGAGUGAAGAUCAGAAGCAGUUUCUGGAGACCAGUGUUUCUUGUGAAAAGCAGAUGUUAAAGAUUAUAGAAGAUAUGGAUUUGGAAAGUAUUGAUGAUGGUACAAUGGAGAUUGAGAAGGGGGAGUUCUUACUGGGAAGUGUUAUUAAUGCUGUUGUUAGUCAAGCGAUGUUACUACUCAGAGAAAGAAACUUACAACUGGUUCGUGAUAUACCAGAAGAAGUAAAGACUAUGGCUGUAUAUGGCGAUCAAGUGAGAAUUCAACAGGUCUUAGCUGAUUUCUUGUUGAACAUGGUGCGUUACGCACCGUCUCCAGAAGGCUGGGUAGAAUUACGUGUCUGUCCAUUCCUGAAGCAAAACUCGGAUCGACUUCGUCUCGCACACACCGAAUUCAGGAUUGUAUGCCCUGGGGAAGGUCUACCUCCUGAGUUGAUACAGGACAUGUUUCACAGUGGCCGAUGGGCGACUCAAGAAGGGUUAGGGUUGAGCAUGUGCAGAAAGAUUCUGAAGCUCAUGAAUGGUGAAGUCCAAUACAUCAGAGAAUCUGAAAGAUGUUAUUUCUCGAUCACUCUCGAACUCCCUUUAACAGAGAGAGCUCUCGGCAACAUCGGUUAGCUUCUUUGACCAUAUACUCGUGUAGUUUUCCAGCCAUUGUUUAUGAGCAAAGCUCCGAGCAUACACGUCGUCGUCGAAGCCAUGUGAUAUAAUUGGUAGGUGAAUAAAGAUUGUUUAUGCUUGAGCUGAGAAUUGUCUUGUUUAGUCUUGUUUAUGUACAUUACAACGUUGGGUAGAUUAUUUUUGCUUAGGUCUUGUAAAGUGGAUAAUUUGUUUUUUUUUUUUUUUUUUUU